AUGCCAUCAAACCAGCUCGGCGCCGUGCAAAGCUCGCAACCUGCCGAAAAACAAGCCGUCGAGAGUUCAGAAUGGCGGUCUUCGGACGACAAAACCCCAGAGGAAGUCACCUGCUUCUUAACGGAAGAGAACGAGGAUGUGGAUGCGGAAGCAACUGCCGAUCAACGCCUCGCGCCAAAGACGUCCCAACUGGAAAAGCGUGAACCCUUCGACCCGGUCCUGUGGUCGUCUAGGAAGAAGUGGACGCAUGUCUUGGUGGUAGCAUUCAUCACCUGCGUCACACCCUUGGCUUCUGCAGUCUAUACCCCCGCGUUGGACCAGGUGAUUGGCGACUUCAAGAUCGAGGACAACCCCACGCUAGCGGACCUGACAGUCUCGGCCUACGUCCUCGGCUUCUCCGCCGGACCGCUGCUCCUCGCGCCGCUGAGCGAGACGUUUGGUAAGAAGCCCGUCUAUCAGGUCUGUAAUGUGGUCCUGCUCGCGUGCAACUUGGCCUGCAUGGUCGCGCCGUCGGCUGAGUGGCUCAUUGUCUUCCGAUUUCUGGCGGGAUGUGCCGGCGCGAGCCCGAUUACCCAGGGCACUGGGACAGCGACGGAUGUCAUGACCAAGGAGAAGCGUGCGCGCGCCAUGUCGGUUAUGGCGUUUGGGAGUGUUUGUAGUCCUGCGAUUGGGUCGGCCCUCGGGGGCGCGAUUGCCCAGGCUUGGGGAUGGAGAGGUUGCUUUGGGUUUCUUGCUGUGAUGGGCUUGAUCAGCACUCUUCUGACUUAUCAGUUCAUGUGCGAGACAUAUCUCCCGGUCCUUCGGCGAAAGUACGCUGUGUUAGGCAGUCGCGAUGACCUCGAGAUGGAACUGAGCGAUGAGAAAGCCAUUGCUCCGAAGCAAUCUCUCAGAAAGCUGCUCUUAAAGGCCGCGAUCCGACCGUUCUCUCUCAUUUUGGAGCCGAGCAUCCUGCCGGCUAUCCUGGUAACAUCGUUCUUCUACGGCCUCCAGGUGUGGUUGUACAUUGACGUUCCGAUGACAUACAAGGCAGUGUACUCCUUCAACACCGCAGAAGCAGGAUUAGCAUUCGCGGGCAUGGGGGUUGGCAUGUUCACCGGCCUUCUCAUCUUUGGAUUCCUCACCGACGUCGUCGUGAAGAGGUUAGCACGCGGCGGUGAAAGGCUGCCCGAGCACCGGCUCCCACUUCUCAACCUGGCAGCCAUCCUUGUCGUGGUCGGUCUGAUCAUCUACAACUUGGCUGCGAGGCCCGGGGUGUCCUACUUGGUGCCCCUGCUUGGAAACUACCUUAUUGGCAGUGGAUUGUUUGCCAUCACUAUGACUUCGGCUGUGUACAUCAUCGACUUGUCACCGCAGCACGCCGUUGCGUCGAGCGCGUCGCUUGCACUUUUACGAUACCCCUCUGGAGCGUUGUUUCCCCUUUUAGAACAUGCUUUUGAAUCUCUCACCAGCAACAGUAGCGCCAAGUGGCUCAUCACGGCCGCGUCUGUCUCCACCAUCCCACUUGUGGUUUGGCUCCAGUACAACUGCGAGCGAUUCCGGGUGAGACUCCGGGACUUAUUGUGA